AUGGCGCUCCGGGCACACCGGGCAGGGUCGGUGCCGCUCCCAGGAACGCGGAUCCGAACUGGGGAGGCGGAACCCCUUGAGCUGUGUGCUGCACUCACAGGGGUGUUCCAGUUCAUGCAAAAGACCGAGUGUCACUUCAUUAACGGCACGGAGAAGGUGAGGCUCGUGGAGAGGGCCAUCUACAACCGCCGGCAGUUCCUGGUGUUCGACAGCGACGUGGGGCGCUACGUGGGUGACACCCCCUUUGGGGUGUUGAACGCCAAGCACUUGAACCGCCACCCGGCUAUCAUGAGGUACAUGCGGAGUCUGGCGGACACGUUCUGCAAGCGCAACUACGAGAUGUUCCGCCCGUUCACCAUAGAGCGCCGAGUCUGUGCCGUCUCUCUCUCUCCCAGUGCCCCAAACGUGUCCAUCUCGCUGGUGCCCGCCUCGAGCUCCCAGCCCGGCCCCGGCCGCCUGCUCUGCUCCGUGAUGGAUUUCUACCCCGCUGCCAUCCAGGUGAGGUGGUUCCAGGGCCAGCAGGAGCUGUCGGAGCACGUGGUGGCCACCGACGUGGUGGCCAACGGGGACUGGACCUACCAGCUGCUGGUGCUGCUGGAAACGCCGCCCCGGCGCGGGCUGAGCUACAGCUGCCAGGUGGAGCACGUCAGCCUGGAGCAGCCGCUGAGGCGGCACUGGGAGAUGCCGCCGGACGCCGGCCGCAGCAAGAUGCUGACGGGCAUCGGGGGCUUGGUCUUGGGCUCGGUCUUCGUGGCGCUGGGGCUCGGCUUCUACGUGCGCAAGAAGGUGAGGGCGGGUGCCGGGGGCGGCGUGGCCGCCGUGGCGGAGCCCCCGCCGCUGGCGCUCUGCCCCCCCCCAGUGCCCGCUGCCGGCGCUCCCAAUAAAGCUUCCCAGCUGGGCCCGGGGCCAGCUGCAGCGCCCCCGGCCCCGUCAGCAUCGCCCCCUCCCCACAUCCCGCAGUGA